AUGGGCUUGCGCAACAGGAAAGCUUCCACCAAAAGGAGCAUCAAUGAUGGUCUAAGAUGUCAAGUGACUGAUUGUAAUCUUUACUAUUCUACCCUCAUUAUCCACAACAUUGCCUUUGAUGAACUGAGAAGAAGCUUGAGAAGAGAUAUUUUUGGUUUUUUACCAUCCCCAAACCACUCCUCUUAUGGCUUUCAGCCACUGAGCUUUAUUUCCAGAUGCUGUCAACCAUUGAAUUUUGUGUCCAGGAUGUGCCAUCCUUUGAGUGAACUCUCCUAGUUAUCAUCUUUAGGUUAUGUGUCCAACAGCUUCAGAUCCCUGAACUACAUGUCUGAUAGUUUUUGACCCGUUUCCUAUGUGCACAGCAGUUUUCCACCAGCUUGCUCUUCAUUUGGAGGUUUGCAAUCUCCAUUUUUUAGAAGAUUGUGCUGA